CAAGCCAACCGAGGACAGUAGUGACGAGAAUCAGUCGGGGACUCCUGAAGGACUGAAGGAGUGUUCUGAGGAUGGCGAUCUGUGCAUGGGUGGUCACAGCAGGAAUUGUUGUGUACCUGACCAUAACAACGCUUCAAGACACGACAUCAGAUUCCCCAGGCAGUACCUCGUCUAUGACGGAGGCUACAGGCACUCCUUCAACAAUGUCAACCACUGCUAUACAAGAUCCUUCAUCAUCUACAUCUGCUGAGACAGAUGCUCCAACAUCUACAUCUCCUGCGACGACAACGACCCAAACAUCGCAACCCUCACCACCAACAACAACACCACCACCACCAACAUCUCCCAAGACGACACCCCCAGGAGCUUUACCAGGUGAAGACUGCAGUAACAGCAUGUGUGUGGAGAACGCCGAAUGUAAAUCCAGCACAUGUCGGUGUAAACACGGGUUCAUGAUAGAUGGAUCUUCCUGUACGAUAAAAGAGAAAAGACGAGUGAAGAAUCUAGUCGUUUCUGGUCAGACAUCGUCAUCAAUUCUUGUAGCAUUUGAUGGACCCCUGGAUUACAACACGUUCAGGAUUGAUUACAACUCUUCAGAUCCUCCAAAGUGCGUUGUCCUCCGAAGUUAUUCAUCACAGGAAGUUUGUAGUGAGUGUCAACAAGUUAAUGUCGUCGAGCCAUCUACAGACUGGCACAUAGAAUACAAUGUGACAGGGUUGAAGCCCUUCACCACAUAUGAAUUCAAGGUGGUAAUGGAAAAGUGCAACAAUGGGAGUCUUGAAAGCAGUCGCCCAGCAAAUAAAUCAGCGCGAACUACUUCAGCAGUUCCCAACGCUGUAGGAAACUUGACUACAUGUGCAGAUAAGGGAUGUCUCGUGUGUGCAAAGUGGAAACCUCCCCAACCACACCCAGGGCCUGUCACAUACAGGGUAGAAAUAUUUGAUGAAGUCAACAGUAUCGUUGCAAAAGCAUCCAAUAUCAGCGCGACAUCAAUAUGUUACAAGAAAGAAGAUGUAAAGUAUUUUUUGAAGUACACUCUUGGGGUAAAACCAUUUACCACAGCUGGCGAAGGAAAUCAGAACAGUCUGACAAGCAUGGAAAUUCAUUUCCUUGAAUUCAAGAUCGUCACAGCAGACGGUGACUGCCGGAAAUCUGGGCAUCAAUCCAACAACGUUGGAAACUACAGGCAGAUGACAAUAGUAUGGUCAAAGCCACAGAUUGGCACACCGAUAACCAGCUAUAUACUUGUCACUAACGGGAAAAAGCGCAAUAUCACAUCAGAGGCAAAUGGCGCGGGAUCAGGCUACAAUGUCCUGAUUGUUUUAACUCCAGGUUCGAGGUAUACUUUCAAGAUUCAAGUAAAUCACAAUGGUACUCUCUACAAUGUGUCCGCAAAUUCGUCGUGCCUUGCACCUAUCGGAGUUCCUCCAGAAUGGCCGUAUGGCCUGCAACCAUCCUUUGAGGUCACUGAAAAUUUCAUCAAAAUAAAACGCAUUGAUUUUUUUAAUAACAGUAAGAAUGGUGCCAUAACAAAAGGUCGCUUGUACAUAUCAACCAAAACAGAAACGUUGGAAGUACCAGAUCGUCAAUCUGGGGAUGUGAGGGCAACGAAAAUCGAGUGUUGUAAUGGCGGGUUCAUCAAAGACUGUACGGCUGGCUAUUGUAAGAGAAGGCUGGCACCCGACACAGAAUACUACUACCUUGCUGUUGCGUGCACGAAGACAGGCUGUAACAAGAGUCCAGUAUUUCAAUUCCGAACAUCCAAAGACAAUACCAACGCCAUCGUAGCCGGAAUGUUGGUGACAUCCAUUAUUGUUGUUGCCACCAUCAUCGCUGCUGGCCUGCUUUGGCGCUCCAAAAACCGGAACACCCACAACCACCACAGACACGUACCGGAUGGCAGGGAUCGGUACGCUGUUCGCUACAGAAGGGAUGACAUUAACCCACAGAACGGUUAUGACUCGAUACACCCGUAUUACCUCUCCCCUGCUGUAGACAGACAGGACAGAGACGUCCCCGAAGAGGAUUAUGAAGAAUUGCAUGUAUAUGAGGAAGUAAAGUAAUAUACUAUCGAUGCAUUCCAACUGGCCAUGUCCCACUGUCAAUACAUCUAUGACAAGUCACACAGCGCUGAUAUCGAUUACCUCAACACAAGAGACCCGUGAAGAUUCCGGGGUAGAAUAGGUCU